CGUCAAUAACAAGCAUUCUCUGUACGCAGUGUGGCCAACCCCCUUGUGUGCACGAGCCAUACUUCAAGACGACGGACGACGGACGACGACGACGACGACGACGACAAUUGUGCAGUGGCUCGAGUGGUUGGUACUCGUGGAGGCUCUCUUUCUCUGUGCGACGCUUCCACUUCUGCGUGGGCUUCAAGCUUGGUCAAGAACUGGCCACAACAGCACUGGAGCCCCACUCACUUCAACGAACGACACGACUAUGGCGCCUGCGUCAUUCGAGGCCUCCCUGCCUAAAGCCCCGCUCAAAGGCCUGCCCGUAGACGAAGGACGUGACGACGUCGAAGCGAACACGAGCACAUCGAGAAGGCUCCAGAACUGGGAAGCUCACCGGGGUCGCCGACUCCGACUCUUCCGCUCUAGAAAGAGAGUUGAAUUGUCUUACGGCGUGCAGACGCUCGCGGCAAUUCCUAUUUGGGAGAAGUUUCGGUUCGCUUCCGAAGAGCCCCUCUACAAUACCAGCCAGGCUCCGUUCGGGUGGCCACAAUGUUGGUCCUGGCACGCGCCUGCCGAGAGCCUGGCAGCCCAAGAGAGCAGCGAUGAGAGACAUCGGCGCCUGUAUCAGUGGCGUCGUCACCGAAGUGACGAGGUUCCUGCGCUGGCCCCUGGAGAAACUGUUUCGGGACCGGCGACACUCACGAAGUCCACCGCUGGCGGACGAUGGGAGCGGAUCCUUGGCCUGCGAGACCGUAACCAUAAUCGUUCGUCCCGGCUGGGCGAAAAACACGCUCGAUCGCUGGCUCGUGGUCAUUAA